AUGUGUGCGAAAAACGAUUUCGAAAAAAAUUUGUAUAAAUUAAUGAACAACGCGGUAUUCGGUAAAACUAUGGAGAAUGUGCGCAACCACGCCGACGUAAAAUUAUUAACAAAAUGGGAUGAACGGUACGGUGCGGAGGCAAUGAUUGCAAAACCAAAUUUCCUCAGCCGUAGCGUCUUUGCGGAAAAUUUAAUAGCCGUCGAACUGCGCAAACUCGAGGUGAAGUUCAACAAACCGAUUUACGUGGGUAUGUGUAUACUCGACAUAUCGAAAGUUUGCUUGUACGAAUUUCACCACGAGUAUAUGUUACCAUUGUUUCACGACAAAUGUAAAAUAAUGUACACCGAUACAGACAGUCUUAUAUACUCGUACCGAGUCGAGUGCGAGGAUGUUUACAAAACUAUGAAACGCGAUAUCGCUAGAUUCGACACGAGCGAUUAUCCGACGGACAACGCGUACGAUGUACCUCUCGCGAACAAAAAAGUACCCGGUCUCAUGAAGGAUGAAAAUAACGGUGCGAUAAUGACCGAAUUCGUUGGUCUCAGAGCGAAGAUGUACGCUGUGAGGGUGGACGGCAAGAAGGACACUAAAAAGGUGAAAGGCAUAAAGAAUAACGUCGUAGCGCAAACGAUAACGUUCGAUGAUUACACGCGAUGUUUGAACGAAGAGAUCGAAAUGACUCGUCGUCAAUCGUGUAUACGAUCUAAACUGCACGAGGUAUACACGAUAUCCGAAUCGAAAAUCGCUCUGAGUCCAUACGAUGACAAACAAUACGUCGUACCGAUUUCGACGAAGACGUUACCGUGGGGACAUUGGCGGAUACCUUUGUAA